AAUCCGACCGGCGGAUCCGAAAAAACCAUGCGACGAAUUCGUAAACAUUGCUCGUUUUCGAAUUCAUCGAGAAUGUUUCCGAUUCUGGAAAAAAUGUUUUCGAUAGCGGAAGAAAUUGCUUCCAAAAUCGUAAGCGCUUUGUUGCCGACUCAUUUGAGAGUGUAGCGUGCCGCAGCCAAUGCGUUACGAACUGUCAAAAUCAGCCGCGACGAAGGAAAACAACAAAAAAUCGGUCUCGCGUUGUUGUUUUUUUUUCGACUUUGCCGCCGCCUUUUUUCGUGUAUUUUUCGACUUUGCCGCGGCGAUUUCGGUUUAUCAAAAUACGUCUCGCUUCCCGAACCGUGCCCGCGAACUGCCAUCAUCUUACUCCGUGACCGGAUCCGGUCAAUCUUCGGUUUUCUGCAGUGGCCCAUCCGCCGGGAAUGAAAACGUUCCGUUUCUCCAUGGGGAUCGCCGCGGCCACCUCCGCUGCUGGUACCUACGGUAAUGCCGGCCAACGUAAAAAAACGGUACCUGGAAAUGGACAUUCGGAAGGAGUACAAAAAGCCUCCCUUUUCGGUUUAUUCUCUCGGCCAUCGAAUCUGAACCACUCAGGAAACUCCGAUCCGCCGAACCAAGCCGGCUGCUCAACAUCACCCGGUUGUAUGAAAACGAUGAGCGAGAUAGCGAUAGCGAGAAGACGGCCACAACGGGAAGAAUCCGCCGUUCACCUCCCGGAAGUAGACCAGGAGCUGUUUAAAAUCAGUGAGAAGAAAGUUGAGAGGAUCGCGUGGGCAAAUAACAAUGGUUCCGAUCAUUUUUGGGAAAGCUGGCGGGACUGGCGGUUCCAAGAUUUAAGCGUGGGUUCGACAAACACCUUGACACCUUUUUUUUUUGCUAGCGGAGAUUCUGUCAUGCCAGCACGGCGUCCAAACUAGGGCUCGUUCCAGGCGGACGGUCUCCUAGCGGAGGCCGCUCCGCUCAAGUCGAUCCUCCAGGUGAAAAUCGGAAAUGGAAUCACGAUCGUGCGGAAUGCUUGGGCACCUUCGUUGCUCUUGUGUGGAGUCACUCGGGAUCCGCACCAGGACCUUUCCCGAAGGCGCGUAGAGGAAAAGAGCCAAAAUCUCCAGGACGGGGAGAACAUCUGGCGUGCCAGCUCGGAACUGAGUCUAAAAUAGGACGCGGAAAUCAACUUGAUCGCCGGCCAAAGCACGAGCCCACCUAUAUCCGAGUGGCCCCGCCGUCGACGUCACUCGCCCACUCUGUUGCACAAAACGCCAAACGCUGACAUCAACCGUGCACCAACGAGUGCACUGCGGAAACGCCUCCUCCUCCUCCUAAAGCAACUUGUCAACGGCGACGACGGCGCCCAGCAAUACCCAGCUGCACCACGGACAUCGAGGCCAGAUCGGACAAAUCGCUUCGUUCGAAUCGUCACCACUUUUGAU